GGGUAUAUAAAAUCCAACAAAUAAUUAUUUCUACCGAGAAUGAGAAUGAAAUUCGGUUUCUUUUGGACAUCGGUAUUUUUUGGUUAAAAACAAUUUAUUAUUUUUUUUUUACUCAUAAAUUUUAAAUGCAAAACCUUGAUUCAGUGAUGUUUUGGAACUGAGACAUCAGUAGACAAAAAUUGAAGGUUUCCCCAAAACAAUCCAACAUCACACCCGCGCCGUCUCUCUCUCUCUCUCUCUCCAAACCACCGCCGCCGGAACUUCCUUCACCACCGUCCGGUCAUCGCUUCUUCCAUACCGCCGUCACUCAGCUAUUAACAGUUUCUUCAAUCUUCACAAAACUUCUUAGCUCUGGUGUGUGGUAACAUUAGCUUCUAAAUUUUAAGGACACCAAAAUGGAACCUUUGGAAAGUUCUGGAGACCAUGUUGAGGUUAAAUCUCGAAGGGUCCGAGCACGGCCACCGGAUACUAAUCCACUGAUUAUGCCAACUAAGAAGAUGAAGAAGAGGAAAGGGGUGGAACAGGAACGGGGGAAGGGACGUGGAAAAGUUCAAUCAAAUAAGAAACAGAAGUUGAGCAAAACUCAGAAAAGGAAGCUGAACAAGGCAGAGGAUGACAAGAAUAAACAACUUUUGAUGGAAAAAGCCAUUAAGACAUUAAAUGAGAACACGCUUCCUGAGUACGCUUUUCCCCUUUUGCAAUCAUCAUGCAAUAUCAACCGGGAAGAGACUGUGAAGGAAAAGCGUAGGAGAGCAGUACAUUUAUUAAAAGAAGGAUUGGAGGUUCCACAUGGUGAUGACCUGUCCAAGAAACAGGAUUUUCCUUCUAUAACCGAGCCUGAGUCAGAAGAUGAAGAUAUUCUUGAGGAAUCUGAGGAAAAAGACAUCAUUCAACCUUUUAUAACUGAAAGAGAAAUCUUAUAUACAACAUCCACUCCUUUGGGGUCUUCACAAGAACCAAUUCAUGGAAAUGAAGUUGUAAAUUAUGAAUCUGUUGCUGAACCUGUAGCUGACAUUUCUACUGACAAGAAACCUGAUGAAAUCAAAAGUUCUUCUCCCACUUCUUGUUCUAUUGAUGAGAUAAAAAGCACGAAGUCAAAGGACAUGACAGAUGAGAAGCCGGCCACCAAUUUCAAUGAAUUGAGCAACCUUCCAAAUGUUUCUGCACAGAGGCUUUUGACUCCUGCUACUGUUGUGCAUGUAUAUAGGCCAUCAGAUGUUCAAGAGAAAAGAAAGGAUCUUCCUAUAGUCAUGAUGGAGCAAGAGAUAAUGGAAGCUAUAAAUUACAAUUCCAGUGUCAUCGUAUGUGGAGAAACUGGAUGUGGUAAAACAACUCAGGUUCCCCAGUUUCUUUAUGAAGCUGGCUAUGGUUCAAGCAAGUUCCAUGGCCGCAGUGGUGUUAUUGGUGUCACUCAACCACGUAGGGUAGCUGUUCUUGCCACAGCAAAGCGUGUGGCGUAUGAGCUUGGUGUUCGUCUUGGGAAGGAGGUUGGUUUUCAAGUUAGAUAUGACAAGAAAAUUGGAGAUAAUUGUUCUAUCAAGUUUAUGACUGAUGGAAUUUUGCUACGAGAAGUUCAGAAUGAUAUUUUAUUGAGGCGUUAUUCUGUCCUAAUUCUUGACGAGGCUCAUGAGAGGAGCUUGAACACAGACAUUCUGAUCGGGAUUCUCUCGCGUGUAAUUAUACAACGCCAAACGAUUUAUAACGAUCAGCAGAAGGUGAUCCUUUCAGGAGAAAGUAUAAGUCCAGAACAAAUGAUUUUUCCAUUAAAACUUGUGCUGAUGAGUGCCACCUUGCGAGUACAAGAUUUUACUUCUGGAAAGUUAUUCCAAACUCCUCCACCGGUGAUAGAAGUUCCUACGAGGCAGUUUCCAGUUACGAUGUAUUUUGCCAAAAAAACCGAGAUAACAGAUUAUGUCGGUGCGGCAUAUAAGAAGAUCUUGGCAAUUCACAAGAAGUUGCCAUCUGGGGGCAUACUUGUCUUUGUCACUGGACAAAGGGAAGUAGAGGACUUGUGCAGGAAGCUGCGCAGAGCUUCAAAGGAGUUUGUCAUGAAAAAAGUUAAAGGAUCUGUGGAAAAUGGUGGCACUGGGGUCCAUGAAACAAGUUCUGUUGAGGGAAUAAAUAUUAAUGAGAUUAACGAAGCAUUUGAGAUGCCUGGAAAAUCAUCCAUCCAGCAAACUGAUAGGUUUAGCGGUUAUGAUGAAGAUGACAAUAAUUUUGAUGAGAACGAAUCUGAUUCUUAUGAUUCAGAAACAGAGAGUGAAUUGGAAUUCAAUGAUGAUGAUGAUAAUCGCAAGGAUUCAGAGAACAAUAGUAAUAUCGCGGAUGUCUUAGGAAAGGAAGAAAAUCUUGCUUCAUUGAAGGCCGCGUUUGAAAAUUUGUCCGCGCAAGCUCCAUUAAGUUCCUCAAAUGGGAAGAGGACAUUUUCUGUGAAUACAGAAGAUGGUUUAGACCCAUCAACAUUUUGCAGGGAGAAAAUAGCUAGAGAAAAUCACAAUUCUUCUCCGGGGGCACUCUUUGUUCUACCGCUUUAUGCUAUGUUGCCUGCUGCAGCUCAACUUCGUGUAUUUGAAGAAGUCAAGGAAGGAGAGAGGCUUGUUGUUGUUGCUACAAAUGUUGCGGAAACAUCUUUAACAAUUCCAGGGAUAAAGUAUGUGGUUGAUACUGGAAGGGAAAAGGUGAAGAAUUAUGAUUCCACUAAUGGCAUGGAGACAUAUGAAGUGAAAUUUAUAAGUAAGGCAUCUGCUGCUCAACGAGCAGGCAGAGCUGGAAGAACUGCUGCAGGACACUGUUAUCGUCUCUAUUCUUCUGCAGCUUUUAAUAAUGAGUUUCCUGGGUUCUCUCCUGCUGAAGUUGAGAAAGUGCCUGUUCAUGGUGUUGUCCUUUACUUGAAAUCCAUGCUUAUUAAGGAUGUUAAAAACUUCCCGUUUCCUACUCCUCUUAAGGUUGCUUCCCUGGUUGAAGCUGAGAAUUGCUUGAGAGCUCUUGAAGCACUUGAUUGUAAAGAUGACCUUACACUUUUGGGAAAAACCAUGGCACAUUAUCCUUUGAGUCCUCGUCAUUCUAGAAUGAUCCUUACUGUUAUAAAAAAUACAAGGCACAAGCAUAUUCGUAAUUCAAGUCUGCUUUUGGCAUAUGCUGUUGCAGCUGCUGCUGCUUUGAGUUUGCCAAAUCCUUUUGUAAUGCAAUAUGAAGGAAGCAGCAAAGAUUCAGAAAUGUCUGAGAAAUCUAGCAUUGGAGACGAUGAGAAAAAUAUUCAUAAAAUAGAAAAGACGAAGAGAAAGAAACUAAAAGAAACCUCUAAACUUGCUCGUGAAAAAUUUCGAAUUGUCAGCAGUGAUGCCCUAGCCAUAGCAUAUGCCUUGCAGUGUUUCGAACAUUCACAGAAUUCGGUACAAUUCUGUGAAGACAAUGCAUUGCAUUUCAAAACCAUGGAUGAAAUGUCCAAACUUAGACAGCAACUACUCAAAUUGGUCUUUUAUCAGAGUGAUAAGGGUGGUUUAGAACAAGAGUACACAUGGACUCAUGGAACUCUAGAGGACGUGGAACAUGCUUGGCGAAUUUCUUCUGCGCACUAUCCUCUCCCUCUGGUUGAGGAAAGGCUCAUUUGUCAAGCAAUAUGUGCUGGUUGGGCCGAUAGGGUUGCUAAACGUAUUCCAAUUUCUUCUAGGGUCGCUGAUGGAGGGACAAUUACUCGUGCUGGUAGGUAUCAAUCAUCCAUGGUCGAUGAAAGUAUUUUCCUUCAUCGUUGGUCAUCGGUUUCUACUGCACGCCCUGAGUUUCUGGUUUACAAUGAACUAUUAGAGACAAAAAGACCAAACAAAGAAGGGGAGACGAGUGCGAAAAGAGCAUACAUGCAUGGAGUAACGAGUGUGGAUCCAUCUUGGCUAGUUGAGAAUGCCAAGUCUUCAUGCAGCUUCUCUCCACCCUUGGAAGAUCCCAGACCAUUUUAUGAUGCGCAGGCUGAUGAAGUAAAAUGUUGGGUUAUCCCAACCUUUGGACGUUUCUGUUGGCAGCUUCCAAAGCAUUCAAUGCCCAUUAGCAACGUUGAGCUUCGGGUGCAGGUGUUUGCCUAUGCUUUACUUGAAGGUCAGGUGUGUCCGUGUUUAAAAUCUGUUCGGAAAUACAUGUCAGCCCCUCCUGAAAGUUUUUUGAGGAGAGAAUCUUUUGGUCAAAAAAGGGUAGGAAAUCUUUAUAGUAAGUUAAAAAGCAAGUUGAUCGAUAGCUCUGCCAUGUUAAGAACGGUGUGGAAGGAGAAUCCAAGAGAAUUAUUUCCAGAAAUUUUGGAUUGGUUUCAGCAAGGUUAUCGCAAUCACUUUGAAGAGCUAUGGUUACAAAUGCUCGGUGAAGUGCUACAUGAGACACAAGAACAACCUCUGCAUAAAAGUGUCAAAAGAAAGUUGAAAGGAAAAUCUAAAUCGCGGAAAUGAUUGCUCAGCAGUUAAGUUAAAACAUCAAUGUAACUCCUACAUUUGGUUGUUUCAUAGUUUAAGGCUAUGUUAAGAUUAGUUUCUAGAGCUUAUCAUUCAAAACAAGUUUAUGAUUCUUCCAAGUCCUUAUAGAGCUGUAGAAGUUAAACACGAGAACUUCUGAAAAAAUUGAGAUACAGAAGCUAUUUUAACUUAUACUAGAGUUGUAUAAGCAUAAUUUAGUUAUUGCAAGAUUAUUCAUUCUUUUAGUAUUUGCAUCUGCUUCAAGUUAAUCUAAAGUGACUCUAAGUUAUGUAUUACCAGUUUAGGCAA